AGGCAUCUAUUAACAAGCUAAAAGUGAAGAACCAUGGCUCAGUUUCCAACACCUUUUGGGGGCAACCUGGAUAUCUGGGCUAUUACUGUGGAGGAGAGAGCUAAACAUGAUCAACAGUUCCACAGUCUGAAACCAACAUCUGGAUUUAUCACUGGUGAUCAAGCUAGAAACUUUUUUUUUCAAUCUGGGUUACCUCAACCGGUGUUAGCACAGAUAUGGGCUCUAGCUGACAUGAACAAUGAUGGGAGGAUGGAUCAGCUGGAGUUUUCAAUAGCUAUGAAACUUAUCAAAUUAAAAUUACAAGGUUAUCAACUCCCAUCUGCACUGCCUCCUGUCAUGAAGCAGCCACCUAUUGCUCUACCUAGUGCACCAGGAUUUGGUAUUGGGGGCAUUGCCAGCAUGCCAUCUCUUACAACUGUUGCCCCAGUGCCAAUGGCAUCUAUUCCAGUAGUAGGAAUGUCUCCACCAUUAGUAUCUUCUGUUCCUGCAGCAGCAGUACCUCCCCUGGCUAAUGGAGCUCCUGCUGUUAUACAGCCUCUGCCUGCUUUUGCUCAUCCCGCCACGUUGCCAAAGAGUUCUUCCUUUAGUAGAUCUGGUCCAGGAUCACAGCUAAAUGCAAAACUGCAAAAGGCACAAUCGUUUGAUGUGGCUAGUGUGCCUCCUGUGGCAGAGUGGGCUGUACCUCAGUCAUCAAGACUGAAGUACAGACAGCUGUUCAAUAGCCAUGAUAAAACAAUGAGUGGACACUUAACAGGUCCACAAGCAAGAACUAUUCUUAUGCAGUCAAGUUUACCCCAGGCUCAGCUGGCUACAAUAUGGAAUCUGUCUGAUAUCGAUCAAGAUGGAAAACUUACAGCCGAAGAGUUUAUUCUGGCUAUGCACUUAAUUGAUGUAGCUAUGUCUGGUCAGCCACUGCCACCUGUACUGCCUCCAGAGUAUAUUCCACCUUCAUUUAGAAGAGUACGCUCUGGUAGUGGCAUAUCUGCUGUAAGUUCAGUAUCUGUAGACCAAAGGUUACCAGAAGAACCAGCAUUAGAAGAAGAACAGCAGCAACUGGAAAAGAAAUUACCAGUUACAUUUGAAGAUAAAAAACGGGAGAACUUUGAACGUGGCAAUCUAGAACUUGAAAAACGGAGGCAAGCUCUCCUGGAACAGCAACGCAAAGAACAAGAACGUCUAGCACAGCUGGAACGGGCAGAGCAGGAGAGGAAAGAACGUGAGCGGCAGGAGCAAGAACGUAAAAGACAACUGGAGCUAGAGAAACAGUUGGAAAAACAACGGGAAUUGGAACGGCAGAGGGAAGAGGAAAGGAGGAAAGAAAUAGAAAGAAGAGAGGCUGCAAAACGGGAACUUGAGAGGCAACGACAACUUGAAUGGGAGCGUAAUCGUCGGCAAGAAUUACUAAAUCAAAGAAACAAAGAACAAGAGGACAUAGUUGUUUUGAAGGCAAAGAAGAAGACCUUAGAAUUUGAGCUGGAAGCUCUAAAUGAUAAAAAGAAUCAGUUGGAGGGAAAGCUUCAGGAUAUCAGAUGUCGGCUGUCUACCCAAAGACAAGAAAUUGAAAGUACAAAUAAAUCUAGAGAACUGAGAAUUGCAGAAAUCACCCAUUUGCAACAGCAGCUACAGGAAUCUCAGCAGAUGCUUGGAAGGUUGAUUCCAGAAAAGCAAUUGCUUAAUGACCAGCUAAAGCAAGUUCAACAGAACAGUUUGCACAGAGACUCUCUUCUUACUAUCAAAAGAGCCUUGGAAGCCAAGGAACUAGCACGUCAACAGCUUCGAGACCAGCUAGAUGAAGUAGAAAAAGAAACCAGGUCUAAACUUCAGGAAAUUGAUAUUUUCAAUAAUCAGCUGAAGGAGCUGAGAGAAAUACAUAACAAACAGCAACUACAGAAGCAAAAGAACUUGGAAGCUGAGAGGCUGAAACAGAAGGAACAAGAAAGGAAGACAGUAGAACUGGAAAAGCAGAAAGAAGCUCAAAGGCGAAUCCAGGAACGGGAUAAACAGCGGCUUGAUCGAGUGCAACCAGAAGAAGAACUUCAGUGGCCAAAAAAAAUUCAGGAAGAUGAAAAGCAGAAAAGGGAAGAAAUAACCAAGAAGAAGGAAAGUGAGGAUAAGGGGAAACAGGAAAUGCAAGAGAAACUGAGUAAGCUUUUCCAACCACAUCAAGAGCCAAUCAAGCCAGCUGUCCAGGCUCCUUGGUCAACUGCAGAAAAAGCUCCUCUAACCAUUUCUGCUCAGGAGGAUGUAAAAAUAGUGUAUUAUAGAGCACUGUAUCCUUUUGAAUCAAGAAGCCACGAUGAAAUCACUAUUCAGCCUGGCGACAUAGUCAUGGUGGAUGAAAGCCAGACUGGAGAACCAGGGUGGCUUGGUGGAGAAUUGAAGGGGAAAACUGGAUGGUUCCCUGCAAACUAUGCAGAGAAAAUACCUGAAAACGAAGUCCCCGCUUCUGUAAAGCCAGCAGUUGAGGCAGCUGCUGCACCUAAAGUUUCUGUGCAUGAAACCACUACAUCACUAGGAACUCCUGCUUCUACAGAGUGUACCACAACUGCCAAUAACUGGGCAGACUUCAGUUCAACAUGGCCAACAAACACGAGCGAGAAACCAGAGACCGAUAACUGGGAUGCCUGGGCAGCUCAGCCAUCUUUGACUGUUCCCAGUGCAGGGCAGCUGCGUCAAAGAUCUGCCUUCACUCCUGCCACUGUUACAGGAUCAUCUCCCUCUCCCGUCUUGGGUCAGGGCGAAAAAGUGGAGGGGCUUCAAGCACAGGCUUUGUAUCCUUGGAGAGCAAAGAAAGACAACCACCUUAAUUUCAACAAAAAUGAUAUCAUCACAGUUUUGGAACAGCAAGAUAUGUGGUGGUUUGGAGAGGUUCAAGGACAAAAGGGGUGGUUUCCUAAAUCGUAUGUGAAGCUUAUUUCAGGCCCCAUUAGGAAGUCAACGAGCAUGGAUUCUGGUUCCUCAGAAAGUCCUGCUAGUCUGAAAAGAGUAGCAUCACCAGCAACAAAAGCAACUAUGUCAGGUGAAGAGUAUAUUGCUAUGUAUACUUAUGAGAGUUCUGAACAAGGAGACCUAACUUUUCAACAAGGUGAUAUGAUUCUGGUGACAAAGAAAGAUGGCGACUGGUGGACAGGAACACUGGGUGAUAAAUCAGGAGUUUUCCCAUCUAAUUAUGUGAGACUCAAAGAUUCUGAGGCUUCUGGAGCAGCUGGAAAAACGGGAAGCUUAGGGAAGAAACCUGAAAUUGCCCAAGUUAUUGCCUCUUACACAGCAACGGGUCCAGAACAGCUUACUCUUGCUCCUGGUCAGUUGAUUCUUAUCAGAAAGAAGAACCCAGGUGGCUGGUGGGAAGGAGAGCUCCAAGCACGAGGGAAAAAACGGCAGAUAGGAUGGUUCCCUGCUAAUUAUGUAAAACUUCUGAGCCCUGGUACCAGUAAAACUACACCAACCGAGCUACCUAAAUCAACAGCAUUACCUUCAGUGUGCCAAGUAAUUGGCAUGUAUGACUACACUGCACAGAAUGACGAUGAGCUAGCAUUCAAUAAAGGCCAGAUUAUAAACGUCCUUAACAAGGAAGACCCAGACUGGUGGAAAGGGGAGGUGAAUGGACAAGUGGGUCUCUUUCCAUCCAACUAUGUGAAGCUGACAACAGACAUGGACCCAAGCCAGCAAUGGUGUGCAGACUUGCAUCUUCUGGAUAUGUUGACACCUACAGAAAGGAAAAGGCAGGGAUACAUCCACGAGCUCAUUGUCACAGAAGAGAACUAUGUAAACGAUCUGCAGUUGGUCACAGAGAUCUUCCAGAAACCACUAAUGGAAUCUGAGCUGCUAACAGAAAAAGAAGUUGCUAUGAUUUUUGUUAAUUGGAAGGAGCUGAUUAUGUGCAAUAUAAAACUACUGAAGGCUUUGCGUGUGCGUAAGAAGAUGUCUGGAGAGAAGAUGCCAGUGAAAAUGAUUGGUGACAUACUGACAGCUCAGCUGCCACAUAUGCAGCCUUACAUUCGGUUCUGUAGCUGCCAGCUCAAUGGGGCAGCACUCAUCCAGCAGAAGACAGAUGAAGUCCCCGAGUUCAAGGAAUUCGUUAAAAGGUUAGCAAUGGAUCCUCGCUGUAAAGGAAUGCCACUAUCAAGUUUUCUACUAAAGCCUAUGCAACGGGUAACAAGAUACCCACUAAUAAUUAAAAAUAUAAUAGAAAACACUCCUGAAAACCACCCAGACCACAGUCACUUGAAGCACGCUCUUGAGAAAGCAGAAGAAUUAUGUUCUCAAGUAAAUGAAGGAGUGCGGGAGAAGGAAAAUUCAGAUAGGCUGGAGUGGAUCCAGGCUCAUGUUCAGUGCGAAGGCCUGUCGGAGGGGAACCUCGAUUGUUUUACUUUAUACAGUGCGUUGUUGUUCUUCUUCUACUUUUCGCAGCAACUCGUAUUUAAUUCUGUUACAAACUGCUUGGGACCACGCAAGUUUCUGCACAGUGGGAAACUCUAUAAAGCCAAGAGUAACAAGGAACUGUAUGGCUUUCUGUUCAACGACUUCCUCCUCCUGACUCAGAUCAUAAAACCUCUCGGCUCUUCUGGCACAGACAAGGUCUUCAGCCCCAAGUCUAAUCUGCAAUACAAAAUGUACAAAACUCCCAUUUUUCUAAAUGAGGUACUAGUAAAAUUACCCACAGACCCUUCUGGAGAUGAGCCCAUCUUCCAUAUCUCCCACAUUGAUAGAGUCUAUACACUCCGGGCUGAAAGCAUUAAUGAAAGGACUGCCUGGGUUCAGAAGAUCAAAGCUGCUUCGGAACUUUACAUAGAGACUGAAAAGAAGAAGAGGGAAAAGGCCUACUUAGUUCGCUCGCAAAGAGCAACAGGCAUUGGGAGGUUGAUGGUGAAUAUUGUUGAAGGCAUUGAACUAAAGCCUUGUAGGUCCCAUGGAAAGAGUAACCCGUACUGUGAGGUGACGAUGGGCUCUCAGUGCCACAUUACCAAGACGAUACAGGACACCCUCAACCCAAAGUGGAACUCCAACUGCCAGUUCUUCAUCAAAGACCUCGAGCAGGACGUGCUCUGCAUUACGGUGUUCGAGAGGGACCAGUUCUCCCCAGAUGACUUUUUGGGCAGAACAGAGAUCCGUGUGGCAGACAUUAAGAAGGAUCAGGGUUCAAAGGGACCAGUUACAAAGUGUCUCCUUCUGCAUGAAGUCCCAACAGGAGAGAUAGUCGUCCGACUAGACCUGCAAUUGUUCGAUGAGCCUUAGAAGGAAAGGGACCGAUGUUUUGUUUCAGCCUGAGGUCACGGCAAUAGGUGUCUGCAGAAGCAAAAUCCUUAUUGGUGUGGUAUGAAACUACUGCUUGCCCUUCACACGUAAGAGGGUUAUCAAAGCAAACAGGAGCAUCUUUGUGCCUUGAUAAUUCUCACUGAAAAAUGAAUCCCCGUUUAGUGAGGAGAUCUCCCUCGAUUUCUCUAUGUGGAACUUGAGGUUCGUUUCCUGGGUUUAUGAAAUAACCUAGCUGUUCGUUGUGCUCCAGUCUGAAAGGCUGGCAAACCACAUAGGUUGCUGUGCUCGCUCCAGUUACCCUUUACUCUUUAAUUUACAUGAAGGCAGCAAUGUUGGUAUGUUUUGGAGGCUUUCUGCAGGGUUUUCCCCCUUAAGGAAUUCUGUGCCUAUUGCUCAGCAAAGCGGUGUGUAAAUGUAAUGUGAAUGGAAGGAGCGGUUAUGCAGUAAGAAGAUCUUUGAAGAUCUUUGCUGUGGUACUGAAAAGACUGAGAAAAUAAAUAGUCUAUAUCUAUAAACAGAGAAGAUUCUAUUAACAUACCACUUCAUGACUCACAUUGCCCCUGAAAAUAGAUUAUGUACAGGCCUUCUGCACAGAGAUGAAUUGCACUCCAGAAGCCUCCA